CAUCCACAAACACAAAAUGAUUACUCCUUCUUUCCCUCGUUUCCUCAUAAUUCUCGUCCUCUUCUUCGCCCCGAGUCUGGCAUUGGACGUUUCCAAGCCAGACUACGGCGACGCGCUGUCGAAGGCGAUCCUGUUUUUCGAGGGGCAGCGGUCGGGGGUUCUGCCGCAGUACCAGCGCUUGACGUGGCGGGAGAAUUCGGGCCUGAGUGAUGGGUGGACCUACAACGUGGACCUCACUGGCGGCUACUACGACGCGGGGGACAACAUCAAGUUUGGAUUCCCGAUGGCAUUCACCACCACAAUGCUGGCGUGGAGCGUCAUCGAGUUCGCCGACUCCAUGCCCCCCGCCGAGCUCCGCAAUGCGCUCGUCGCCGUCCGCUGGGCCACCGACUACCUGCUCAAGACCGUCUCCCAGCUCCCCAACCGCAUUUUCGUGCAGGUUGGAGACCCAAUCAUAGACCACAAUUGCUGGGAGAGACCGGAAGAUAUGGACACGGCACGGACAGUGUACGCCGUUGAUGCUCCGAAUCCGGCAUCCGAUGUCGCUGGUGAGACCGCCGCGGCUCUGGCAGCUUCAUCCAUGGCGUUCCGGUCCUAUGAUCCCGGAUACUGGAAUGCCGUGAAGGCUUUUGAGUUUGCUGACUCUAAUAGGGGAGCUUACAGCGACAAUUCAAAUAUUAGGGAUGGUGUCUGUCCAUUUUAUUGUGAUUUUGAUGGCUACCAGGAUGAGUUGUUGUGGGGGGCAGCAUGGCUAAGGAGGGCUACUCAAGAUGGUCAAUUCUUGGAUUACAUACAAUAUAAUGGAAAAACUCUUGGUGCCGAGGAUAAUAUCAAUGAGUUUGGGUGGGACAACAAGCAUGCCGGACUAAAUGUCCUAGUCUCUAAGGAAGUGAUAGAAGGCAACAUGUACAAUUUACAAUCCUACAAGGCCUCAGCAGACAGUUUCAUGUGCACAUUAGUCCCGGAGUCAUCAUCCUCCCACAUAGAAUAUACACCCGGAGGCCUCAUUUACAAGCCCGGAGGCAGCAAUUUGCAACACUCCACUACAAUUACAUUCCUCAUGCUUGUCUACGCCAACUAUUUAGCUAAAACAUCACAAACACUAAACUGUGGCAACAUAAAUGUUAGCCCAAGUUGGCUAAGACAACAAGCCAAAAAGCAGGUUGAUUACAUCUUGGGCAACAAUCCAACGGGCAUGUCUUAUAUGGUAGGGUAUGGGGACCGGUACCCUCAACGUAUCCACCACCGCGGAUCAUCCUUGCCCUCGGUAAAGGACCACCCCCAACCGAUUGCUUGCAAGGAGGGCUCGGUAUACUUCAAUUCUUCAUAUCCAAACCCUAAUGUGCUUGUUGGAGCAGUCGUGGGAGGGCCUGGAGAGGACGACAUAUAUACGGACGACCGUGCUGAUUUUAGGAAGUCCGAGCCCACGACGUACAUCAACGCACCAUUUGUUGGGGUACUAGCAUAUUUUGUUGCUAAUCCAAACCCCUAAUUUUGGCACAAUAUAUCGGCGAUGAUGUUAAAGUAUACAGCUCAUUUUUGUACAUAGUGCAAAAUGCAAUAACUUCAUACUUGAAGAUAGGGAACUAUAUAGUUAAUGUCUCUCAUCUUGGUUGGAGACAAGAGGGAAGAGGCUUUUUAAAUGUUAAUUGUUGAACCAAUUCGUUUAUACAUUUUUAAGUCACAAAAACUUUGUGACUUUUUACAUAUGAGAAUUGUUCCAUCCGGGACGAGACAACUCUUUGGCACUGA